GUCACGGUGUUAAUUAGGGGCUACCUUCCUAAAUCCUCCAUUUUUUGGUACAGCUGCUUGCUGACCCAACACUAAGCACAAACAACGACAAAGAUACACCACCACCUCUUUGGAUCUUGUUAUUCUCUCCGUCAAUCGAGCCAUUGAGAUGGCGUCCGUGUAAUCGUCCAUGCCAAUGCAUGCAUGAACCUUGAACCAUUCACUUGACAUCUUUGUUGAUCAGGGAAACGAGGAGCAAACCUGGGCUGUGCUGAAUGAAUACCACUAGACCCAAGGUCGAUUGCUUUUUCGGGACGGUUGUCUGGCACCUUGCUGGGGGUGGAAGGAACCAUGACGGAACGGGCCCCGAAGCUCACGCUAACCUAUUACAAAUUCUCAGCUAGCGCGGACACGCUAAGGCUCGCGGCGGCUAUUGGAAAAAUACCCUUCAAAAACAAAGCUAUUGAAAAGAAAGAAUGGAAACCACCGCCUGGAAAAGAGGUGGAUCCUAGAUACAAUCUGCCUGUGUUGGAAAUUGAGGUUAAAGGGAAAGAAAAGCAGGUGAUCUCUCAGCGGAAUGCCAUUUUGAACUACCUGGGUAGACGAGGGGGGCUGUAUCCUGCUGAUCCUUUGGAAGGGCUCCAGGUGGAAUACAUGAUUGAUGCUGUAUCUGAGGCUCUUAAGCCAUUGGAAGUGUCAGCGACUGGGGCUGUAGACUCCCUCUUAUCAGAGUCUCCUUGGACGGAUGAAGAGUUCCUCAAAAUUCGAGAGAAAAUUGCCAGUGACCCGAGUGCUGGUCUACCACACUAUCUUUCCUUCUUUGAACGGGCUCUGAGAGAAAACGGAGAGAAUAAUGGAAGCAAAUGGCUGGUGGGGAAAAGUGUAAGCAUUGCGGAUCUCAAGUUGAAUCAACUCGUAUGUUGGAUCAGUGGCGGAAUCGGUGAGGGUGAUGGUCCUAGCUUGCUCAAGGGGAUUGAAACGUCAUUGGUAGAAAACUACCCACUGCUACUCAAACACAAGAUGCAGAUUGAAACACUUCCAGAAGUCCUAUCCUGGCGAGCCAAGUACUUGCCUCCCUAUUCUGUAUUUGAGUACCGACCGCCCUUUGAAUUCCGUACCAUCGGCCGUCGAACUCGUCUGGGAGAAGCCAAUUAUUCACCCAUGCACCCAACAACAGAUGGACGAUCAGACGCGGAACCAAGGGGGAAAUGGUCCGCCACAACAUUUCCGAGGCUCACGCUGUCAUACUUUGAAACAUCCGCUCGAGCGGAACCAAUUCGUCUGGCGGCUGCAAUCGGGAAGGUUCCGUUUACAAACCGUGUUAUUGCGAAGGAAGAUUGGGCAAUGGUCAAGCGACACAGUCCCUUGGGUCAGCUACCGACAUUAUUGGCCGUUCAACCCGGCAAAGACUUGGUCACCGCACCACAAUCCACUGCCAUACUGCGAUAUAUUGGGAAAUUGGGGGGGCUGUACCCUUUUGACGAAGUAGAAUCCGCUCAAGUUGAGUUUAUGAUCGAGACAAUUGUGGAGGCCACGAGACUGGUCGAAAUGACGGUUUCAGGAGUUGUAAAACUGCUUAUCCUUGAUGUUUUGAAAAAGGAGGAAGAGAUCCCACCCAUCCGGAAAAGACUCUUAGAAAAUGAAGAUCGUGGUCUUCCAAAGUACUUGAAAUACUUUGAGAGCGUUCUCGAAGAGAACAAACUUGCUGGUUGGCUUGUUGGAUCGAAUAUGACGGUGGCUGAUUUAUCAGUGUACCACUUGAGCUCCUGGCUGAACGGCGGGCUUGAUGGCGGUGUACAAGGGGGGGAUGCAUACAUGUUUGACUCGUCGAUACUUGAAAAGUAUCCUCUCCUUCGAAAGCAUAGAGAAGCCAUUGAAAACCAUAUUUCAGUCGUUCGCUUCCGGGAGCAGUUUCAGUCACCUUACUCUUCCUUCGAUUUUGUACCCUAUGAUGAUUCUGAGUCUUCUGGAAACCAAUUAUCCGACAACCUUCCCAGAGGCGCAAGGCGACGGCUUAGCGCAGAUCACUUGCCAAAGAACGUUGCAAGGAGCAAGAGCUCUGAUCACCUCCCAAGGCACCCGGGUUUUUCGGCCCCAUCGCCGGCAAAGAGACGAUCCAGCAAAGACGACAACGAGCCUUCCCAGCCAGCCAAGAAAACGGACAAAAUGAUGUCUGCGCCGCUCAGACGAAAACCUAGCUUCGAUUCAGAUGAAGCCGAGGAAGAACUUCCGAGGCGGAAAUCGCGAGGCAUGUCGCUUCCUCCGAGGACUCGACCCAUUAUUAUUGACGACGACGAAGACGACGAUUUGGGUUUUUCCGACGAAAGCGAAGACUCGGAAGACCAACCAGGCGCAUCGUAUCUGUUGAAUCUAGGUAGCAAGAAGGCAAACGAGUUAUUUGAUGACUCUUCAACUGAUUCUUUCGACGAUGAAGCCUCCACGACAUCUGUGGAGCAUGGUCUCGAGGGGUUGAAGAAUCGGCUGCAAUCAGCUUUGGAAAAAGAGAAAGAGCUGUCUUCGUCUGAUCCAACGGCGCGAAAGAAAAAAGCCGACAAAAAGAAAAAGCAUAAGAAAAAGAAAGACAAAAAGAAGAAAAAGAAGAAGUCCAAGCGAGAAUCAGACACGAUGGUUCCACCAAAGCUCCCACCAAAUACACCUCGCGCUUCCUCGACGAAGAAGUCAAGUGAAAAGUCUUUAUCGAAAGCAACUGGGAAGCCGAAGGAAGAUGAUACUGAACCGAAGUCGGGAAAGAGCUCGUCGAGCCGAACGGAAGCAUCUAAAGAAGGCUCCUCUAAAGCCAAGGACAAGGACGAAGAGGGGAAAACAUCGAAGACGAAGUCAUCGUCCACAAGCGAAAAAUCUUCGAAGCAGAAGAGUCAGAAGCCUUCAAGCAAGGAAAACACGCCGAAACGACAGAAGAAGGUCAAGCGCCACCUUUCUGGGUCUCCGAAAGGGACGAAGCGAUUUCCUUCGAACAAUCCACGGGAAUCCAUGAAAUCAUCGUUCAAAGUGGAAGGCCUUGAGAAUUUGGAAGGCCUUGAGGACGAAGAAGAGGAGGCACCGGAUUACCUGCAAAACCCUACUGAAGGUAUCGUUACCCCUGUUCCUCAGUCAUUAAAGGAACGCCCGGAGGUUUUUCGGGGCGAUUCUCUGAGGAGCCUCCUGACCGGCAUCGAGGAGGAGGAAGACUCUGACGAUGACCCGUCGCCCAAAAAGAAGAGGCCCCUUGUCUUCUAUUUCAGCACCCCCGGACGAGCUGAAAGUAUCAGAUUGGCGGCUGUGAUUGGUCACAUUCCAUUCUCAAAUCUGUCGGCGGGAAAAGGAGACACUGCAUACAAACACAUGGCUCCACUGGGCCAACUACCCGUGUUGGAAAUCGAAGAGGCACACAACAGACGACUCAUCGUGCCUCAGUCAAUGGCGAUUCUCCGCUAUUUGGGCCAUCUCGGCCAAGUUUACCCUGACGAUCCAAUGGAACGCCUCUUGGUCGAUUCGAUGUGUGACUGUGUGGGCGAUGUGCUGAGAAUGAUUGAGUUGACUUGUCGCGCGUCCAGCCGAUCGAUUUUAGAGUUCAAAGCAUUCACGGACGAGGAGUGCGUAUCGAUGAGACAGCGAAUGGUGGAGGAUGAAGCCAACGGUAUUCGCAGUUUUCUAUCCUUUUUCGAACGAGAGCUGGAGCAAAACUUUUCCAGGUAUGGUGGUUGGAUUGCCCAAAACAAGCUGACAAUUGCAGACUUGCGUUUGUACCAGCUGCUCUGUUGGCUGGGCGGGUCAUUUGAAGCCUGUCUCAAUGGAAAUUCCUUGGUCGGAAUACCGGGUGAUAUCCUUCAAGGUCAUCCUCUCCUUGAGCUGCACAAGGAACGAGUUGAAGAGAUCAAAGAAGUGUCACAGUUUCGCUCCCAGUGCCCUCACCCCUACGAAUCUUUUACCUCCCCCACGGGGGCUGAUACUGGGUCCGAUGGUGUUGGUCCUCGCCGUGAAAAGCCCGCGGUGGCAAAGAUAGAGCCUUCCAAACUUCCAAGAUUCACUUUGACUCAUGCUGAGAAUACCCCAAACACACAGCCUUUGAGGUUAGCCGCCGCACUCGGCAAGAUACCGUUCACAAACAAGGUUAUCGACACUGACAGCCAAGAGUGGAGGAAUGUGUACGAACGACGGGUCAAGGAGUCCCAGCUACCCGUAUUGGAAAUCGAAGAGUCUGGCGAAAAGAAAUUGGUUAGCCAACCUAUGGCUAUCCUGCGUUAUCUUGGAACCCUUGGGGACAUGUACCCACACAACUCGAUAAGGGCUCUGGAGGUAGAAUCAAUGAUUGAGACGAUAAUUGAGAUUCAAAACUUGAUCAGCAUACCCUCCGAUGAAACCAUUCAACGUUUUAUGUCUGGAAAUGCGUGGACAGAGAACGAGACGUGGAGUGUCCGACGUCGCAUAGCAAAAAAUAAGGGACAGGGCCUUCCGUUUUAUCUAGCGUACUUUGAGAAAGCGAUAUCAGACAACCCGGAUAGUCACUGGCUCGUUGGACCGAAGGUGACGAUUGCGGAUCUUUGUCUCUACAACUUUCUCGAUUCAAUCAUAUCAGGGGCCAAGCUGCAGGAGCAAGCAAUGGACCUCCAUAGCAGUGCGAACAACCUUAUGGCGGAUGGAUUUUCAGAAUCAUUACUGGAGGAAUACCCUAUUUUGAAGAGUCACAAGGAACGAGUCGAAGGUCUGGAGCCGGUCAUAUCCUUUCAAAGCAAGUUCUCCCCUCCUUACAAGACGUUUGCGUUUCGACCUGCUUGAUUGCUUUAGUUUUGUGAUCAUUUCAAUUUGAUUUGCUCUCCGCCACACGACAACGAAUGAGGUUGGUUUCCAUGCUGUAUCACCGUUCCAUGCCGUAUCACCGUUCCAUGCCGUAUCAC